AUGACGGCGAGCUCUCACCGGGCGACGAAUUAUUUUGUGCAGGCUCCAUCAUCUUUUUAUGAGCAGGUUAAUACCUCACUGGCAACGACGACCUCUGCGCCUGAAUUGUCCGGGGGCGUUGCGGCUAUGCAGUCACCUCCGAGCUCUCUGCAUGAAAACAAUAAGACGUCCCAGCAAUACCUGACUUGCCUCUCAGCGGCAAGCGGGAAGGAAUUUGACGAGGAAAGUGAGGAUAUGGAGCGCACAGAGAGCGAGAACAGCGAGUCCCGCGCCGCCGUGAACGGCAGGGACGGUGCAUGCUCGCCGUCUCUGUUGGCGCGGGGGCCCGAGGUGGCGGAUAGUCUCGAGAUGCGUCCGGUUGAACCCUUCACUUCGUUCCUGCGGCCUUUCUUUAUCCACUCACAGGCUGACGAGGUGACGUCGCUCAAGUACGCCACGGCGGCGGCGGCGGCACGCCCUGCAAAGGGUGGCCUGCGUGAUUUCACGCGCUUCCAAGCCCCGCUCCCAUCGACGGUGUUUUGCGCAUCUAUGAACCCCCAUCGGGCACCAGCUUUCUGCAUGGCGCAGGAGAUGCUGAACUCCACGCUGGGCGGCGCGGACGACGAGGAGUCCGAGGUGUGGGCACUGCGGCAGACCGACAACCGCAAGCGCUCCCGGGAGGGGUCCACGUCGAAGCACCUCCACCUUGAGGCGGUGGCGCCGCUCACGGUGCUUGUGACAAGGCCCUUCAUCGAGAGGCUGCUCUUUGACGCCGAGGCGCGCUUCUUCACGCAGGUGCACUUUUACCAGGCCUCCCCUGUUGUGCCGGCCACGAGGCACUCGUUUUCGCGGGAAACCUCGGGUGGGUGGGAGGCCAAUGACUUGGAUGACAAGGUGGACCAGGCAGAGGCGCAACUACAGCAGCAGCAGCAGCGUGCGAUCCAUCGAAGGGAGCUUAGCAGGAACCGUGUGCACCAGAAGCGGUGGCUCUCCGAGGUGAAGGUUACGAGUGUUAUUCUUCCCUGCAUUGAGGUGAAGGCCUUGACAGAGCUUCCGGUGCCGCAAGAGAAUAUGGCACCCGGCGCCAAAGGUGCGGGAGUCUACACAACGAUGUUGGGUGCACGUUCAUUUAAGUUUGUCAUGCAGCAAACGCUGCCCCCCGCACAUGCCGCCAUGCCGGCGGAGAAGCGCGCCUUGUCUGCCUCAGUCACGCUCUCCUCACUGGCCGUCAUCACGCAGAUUGAGUAUGAACCUGCAGCACGGAGGGGAAACCUGCAAGUCAGGGUUCCUGGCAUCGCCUACGACGAGGAGAAGGACACACUGGGUGUGGUGUACCUCACCUCCGUUUGCGCGCGUGGAAAGCGCGACAACACGCACGGUAUAGGGAGUGGGACAUGCCAUAUCUCUCUGGAUACCGUCGCCUUGCACCUCACACGGGAUUUCUUCUUCUUUGUUCAUUCCGUCAAGGCGAUGUUGCUGCAGCUUCGUGACCUGCAGCGGCUGACGCGGCGAGGAAGUGGCCCCCUCCCCAUCCCCGCCGCGUCUGAUCCCCUCGUGCCUCCCCACAGGCGUAUAGAGAGCGUCCGUGAAGUCGUGUUCCCCCGGCAGUCGCAGUCGAUGCAUGCGUCCUUGACCUCACUGGAGGACUAUGGCAUCGAGGCGAGUAUCUCCGUCCAGGGCGUUGGCGCGAUCAACACAUUCCGCGUCGAACUUAUUGACGUGUACCGCGAAGGAGGCUACCUGUGCGUCAACACGAAGGCCUCCAGCGUCAUUGAGGUGGGGCGUCCGUCGGCGAAGUUCCUCGCAAAGGUGCCCAUGGGGCGGAAAGGCGAGGGCACUGCGCCGGCCAUUGGCGAGCUCAGCUCCAUGCGACUGCUUGCGUCAACGACGUUAGGGACGUCCUUGCCGCACCAAACGAUGGGGACGCAACGGCUUACGUCGCGGCAACGACGAGAUGCAGAGGUGCAACUUAUCGGAGAGAUCAGCGCCCUGCUGAUCACGUGCUAUCCGUCUGUGCUGCGCAUCUUGGGCGCGGCAAAGGAGGCGGCGGCGGCGGUGGCUGUGCCAAUGACAGCGGAGUGCGACAGCGCGUCGCCUUCGCCGCUGUUCAUCCCGCUGAAUGGAGCGUCUGGCCCCCCUGAUGCCCACACGCCCGGCGGCGGCCUGGGUGUCGUGUUUAAAGGCAGCUUCAUUUUGCGGCGGCUUGACGCGUCGUUUUUGCAUUCCGAGCUAAACUUCAUGCAGUUCAAGGUGGCCAACCUCACUGGGUGUGGCGAGUCCCGCACAGAGCGCAUCAGCUCACGAGAGUGUGUCGAGACGCACGUCUUCACGGGGGCGAUUUCUGAGCGGAUACGAGAACGUCUGCACGCCUUGGCGCAGCGGGCGCGCUUGCGUGCUCAAAAGGGUUGCUGCGCAGCUUCACCGUCCGUAACGCCGCAGCUGCACCUGAAGAAAACCGCAUCCUUCUUUGCGGAGUCUAUAUUUAUGCAGUAUGCUGCCGACGCGAUUUUGCCGGGCAGCUUGGCCGACACGCUCCGCAGCUCCACGGGAUCGGUGGGCGAGCAUGAGGAGUCGCGCGUGUUUUCUGCGACUGCGACGCACUUGGCGGUGGGCAUACAUUACGCGGACCAGAAUCGCAUCUCCACCAGCGAUGGCGACCCAAAUGACGCUUCUGAGAAGAAACCCGCGGGUGAUUUGGAGGGCGUGCAGAUGAACCUGCAGGUAGACAUUGGGAAGGUUCAUCUCUCGUUGCCGUAUCGACCGGUGGCGACUGAGACGGUGCAGGCCCAGAUGCAUCAAUGGCUACAGGGGUGGAUUGAGGCAAAGAAGAUUCUAAAAGCCAUGCGCCCCUCUAACCCCGUGAAGAUGGAUGGCAGCUACCUCUCCUUGCUCCCUGCCCUACCAGAAGAGGAUCCAUGCGUCUUGUUGCGCCCUUCAGCUGCAUGA